GCAUCUCCCUUUUACACACUUAAAAUUAACCAGGAGGUGUGGGCAUCGUCUCUUUUUCCAAAAAAGGGGGUUAUAACCAGAAGUAGCUGGCAACACAUGUGAAGAUGGCUGGCCUGUGCUGGCUGGUGAUGGUGCCAGCCUUCUUCCUGUCUCCUCCAAACAUUUUGGCUGCUGUAAACCAGGACUGGCUCACGAACAUUGUAGCAGCCGUCAAGAACAAGUAUGAACUAGGUGAUUCCUUCAGCGUGGCUUUGAACAUCCCACAGAAUCAAGAUCCAAACAGUCUCCAAGAAGUCCUUCAGAAUGACCCAGCAGACAGAGUGAGAGGAGCCAUUUCACAGGGCCAAGUGUACAAAGGCACCAGGGUGGUGGCAGCAACACAGUCACAGGCACUAUCACAUGUUCUUCAGAACAUACAACCAUUCAUAAAAAGUAGUGAGGGUAACGUUCUCGUCAUCUACUCUGAAAACUCUCCAAUUUCAAAUGACAAAGGUAUCACUUUGAACAUUAAUGAUAUCACUCACAACUGGAGCGGUUACGCGUUUGUUUUUUCUAAUGUAGCUGAUGUUCCUGCUUCAGACAUGUCUCAGCUGACUCAAUCAUUUAAGCAUCUUGAGAUUACCAAACUUGGGCUUAACAACAUGUAUCGUUGUUAUGCACCUGGAGAUGAUGCUUUUCAGUGCACAAGUUGCUCCUCGGGGGGAGAUGUUACACCCGCAUGUGUUGCAAACACAGCCCUGUCAAGUCAAGAACAAGGUACAGAUGUAGAAACACCUAAACCAGGCCUUGGCACUGGUCUAUUCAAUGACGUAGGCAAUGACAUAGGCACGGGUAUAGGCACUGGUAUAGGGACUGAUAUAGGCACUGGUAUAGGGACUGGUAUAGGCAAUGACAUAGGCACUGACAUAGGCAGAGGGAUACCUCCAGGCUCAGGUAGGGGAAAAGAGGGUCAAAUGAGCAAGUGCAAAGGAAAUCAAAGAGGAAGCUUCAAACGCAGGGGAGGCAGCAAGCUUAGAGGAGGAGGUCGAUGUAAAAAAGGAAGCAAGCUUAGACGAGGAGGUAGACGUAAAAAAGGAAGCAAGCUUAGACGAGGAGGUAGACGUAAAAAAGGCAGUAAGCUUAGACGAGGAGGCCAACGUAAAAAAGGAAGCAAGCUUAGACGAGGAGGUAGACGUAAAAAAGGAAGCAAGCUUAGACGAGGAGGUAGACGUAAAAAAGGCAGUAAGCUUAGACGAGGAGGCCAACGUAAAAAAGGAAGCAAGCUUAGACGAGGAGGUAGACGUAAAAAAGGCAGUAAGCUUAGACGAGGAGGCCAACGUAAAAAAGGAAGCAAGCUUAGACGAGGAGGUAGACGUAAAAAAGGCAGUAAGCUUAGACGAGGAGGCCAACGUAAAAAAGGACGCAAGCUUAGACGAGGAGGUAGACGUAAAAAAGGCAGUAAGCUUAGACGAGGAGGCCAACGUAAAAAAGGACGCAAGCUUAGACGAGGAGGUAGACGUAGAAAAGGAAGCAAGCAAGGCAGAAAACAGGGCAAAGGCAGAAGAGGAAGAAAAAGACGCAACAAGAGUAGAAGAGGUGGCAAACGUAGAGGGAAAUGGGGGAUGGCAUGGUUAAGGUAAAACAGGUCUGUCAUAGCCUUAAACUCUGACAAGCAACCCAGUGAAGCUUACAAACACAAGAUCCUCUGAGAAACUGCAUUAUUUUUCCUUUUCAUAUAUUUAGUUGUUGUUUUUUAUGCUAGCAUAACUCUUAUUUUUUGGCCUUUGUAAACAAAAUAACUUGCUUUCGAACUUGUCAGUGAGUUAAUAUGAUCAUGUCCCAUGUCACCUGCUGUUUAAACCUUCAAGGAACUGCCAGUAAAUGUUGGUUUAAAAAAAGAAUAAAAUACAUUUGAAAAUAAUAAAAAGAAACAUGACACUAGAAAUUAAAAGAAUUAAUCCACUUUAAGAAUUUUACAACCUUUUACUGAUUUAAUGAGCUUUUCUGAAACAUUCUUACAGAUCUGUGGUAGGAGCAAUCAACUUGAAACUUUUGUCUUGAAUCAUGAAUUGGAGUCACAAAACAGGGACUUUGAAGAGACUACUAUUUCAUUUAGUCAAAGAUUAAACAUUAUCAAAACUUUAAUGUUCUGCUCUUCCUGAUUAAAGCUUGG